UCUAGGCACAAAUUAGUCUAAUUUCUCUCGCAGGAAGGAUAUGAGAAGCAAACAUAAAAACUUUGGCACAAUCCAUAAACUAUAGUUCUAUAUAUCUCAGGAUGGUUGACUGUUGGUUUGUUUUUAUGUUAGCAAUUUUGUCGGUACAUGCUUCGUUUAGCACACCAACGGUAAACAGUUUCGUAUUUGCAAGCGCAAGAUGUAAAGCAAGAUGCUUGACAAAGUACUUGAUCGAUAGUUCCAGUCGUGAACGUGGAAAGUGGAAAUGGAGGCCAUUAAAGUGCACACACAAAGAUCAUAUGUGUAAAGAGUGUCAAAGAGUUUGUUUUAACCAGUUGAUACUUACAGCAAGAUUUGACUGUAGCCAGCUCUGUGAAUCGCGCCAUGUUUACCCAUUCAUCAGUACAUGUCAUGAUUCAUGCGCGUUUCUUAAAAACGUCAUUACUGCAGGAAGGAAGUCUGGAAGUUGUCCAGCAGCUGUUAAUGUCCCUAAGUAUUUGAUGUUCGAUCUAUGUUUUCACGAUUGGGAAUGUCCAGUAGAUGAGAAGUGUUGCGUAACAGAACACAAAAAAACAGUGUGUGUACCGCCAACAUUUAAAGAAAACAGAGAUGUACCUGUUGAUCUUCGUGUUGAUCAUGUCGACUCUGAAACAUGCAUGCUGACUUGGCGUAUGAUAAAAAGGCGAAGCUCAUUUAAACGGUUCGGAAUACAGUUUGUAAUAGAGAGUAGAUACUCUAUGAAGUCUUACAAAGAAACUUAUUUCUCAUUUUGGGAGCCUGCUGGUCAGACUCCAAAGCUGCAUCGCCAGCUGAAAGAAUUACAUGCUGGUGCGUGGUAUCAAUUUCGUGUUGCAGCUGUGUCUGAGGAUGGUUACACAGGAUAUAGUGAGCCGAGUCAGGUCAUUAAGCUACCGCUGCCAUUUGAAAGACCAAGCAGACCGCAGAAUCUUCAUAUAAACAUUUCUGAACUCGACAAUGGUAAAAGACGAACGCUCUUAACAUGGAGUUUGCCCGCUAAAAUAGAUGGCGUACUCCAAAAAUAUCGUGUUGUCUACUUCAAGACAAUACCUUCCAAAUCAUUCUCAUCAGUGUCACUGAAUUAUGCAAUCAACGUUCCAGCUGAUAGAACAUUCGCCGUCCUGAAUGAGGUGGAGGCGAACACAACGUAUCAAAUCAAGGUUUUUGCUGUUUCACGUGCCCACAAGUUACUUUUAAGGGGACAAAGAGCGAAGCUUAUACUUACAACGAAGCCAUUAUUGUCGAAACUGAAUUUACCAGUUGGUCAAAAAAGUGUACACAUUGUGAAAAGACUUUCCAAUAAGAAUACUCGGAACCUCGUGGCACGUCUCCAUGAUCUGGCAUUACACAAUCAUCAAGCCGCAGUUACCAUAAAGUGGAAUAUACCAGAUUUAACCGUGCAUGCUAUUGGAAUCACGUGGUUUAAUGUGAAUUGCAGUAACGCGAAGAGAACGACAUUCGUAUGGAGGCGUAUUGUGCCAGCAAAUUUAAAGAGCUUUCGGUUGAAGUAUUUGCACCUUUUUUGUCAAUAUAAAAUAGAGGUUUUGCCAUAUUUCCAUGGAAAUGAAGGCGAGAAAGUAGUGCUGCAUAUUGAUACAGGUGAUUUAGUGCGAAACGAAACCAAACUAAGUACAUCCACGCCGGUGGAAGAACGAAAGUUUGUUGUUGUUAAAAUCCCUAAGCAACUGCCUAGUUUGUCUACAGCUGUAAGUACGCACACGUGGUCGAUGAUUUGGUACUGGUUUCCACUGGCGUAUUUAAUAUGUUCAUGACACAAAAUAUUUUUUUAUAUAACGUAUAUAUAUUUAUAUAACGUAUUCUUUGUUUAUUUCAUUUUUAAUAUUUUUUGUAAUUUUAUAAAAAAGAGUUAUUUAAAGAGAUCUUUAGCAGCUAAUUCCACUUUUGUGUGAUUUUGAGGUAUUUUUAUAUAUAUUUUACAAGUAUAUCUCAAGGCUUUAGUCUUUAUCUAACUGAAAUUGCAAUGUUUUUACAUUGUUAAUAAGAACUUGUCGCGUUUUUCGCUCAAGAAUGUACAAAGUCCAAUAAUCAACAGGCGUGCUAAUCAGCAGCUUCGUCUAAAUGAUUAUUCUGAUGGUCCGACAGUAUAAAUACAAUACAACAAUAUACUAGUUGGUGGAAUUUUCCUUUAUUUUUCGCAUGUCAAUCCGUGCGACGUUGUCAAUCUGUUUGACGAAUUGAUGUGCAAAUUGGAAAAAUUAUAUCGACAGAAUAAAAUUUUCAUCAAUAUAAACAAUUGAUGACGUCUUUCUAAUGAUAAUUUCUUUGCUUUGAUUUUUUAAAGUGGAACGAUAAAACAUAACAGGUCGAUCUAGGGAAGGUCGUAGUUGAUAAUAUCUAUCUACCAUGUAAUUAAAUUAUCUUCGAUUUUCUAUCUAUUUUAACGUUUUAACAUUCUGUUUGUAAAACUGUCUAAACUGAUGAUCGAAGGUUUUUUGUCAAAUGAUCGACUCAUUGUUAAGACCUGUUAUUCAUGUUUCGUAUUAAUCAUCUCCGACACACUGUUUGUCUUAGACAUAUCUUAAUACGGCUCCGUUUUUUAUAGUCCAUUUAAGACUCAUUUUGUUAUCUGUUUCACUUUAUUAAAACCACGGCAUCUAUUAAAAGAAAAGAAAAGAACGAAAAAGUAGCCAUUUUGUUUUUUUACAUCUGUCGCGUUUUGUUGUUCAAGGUCGAAUCUAAGGAACAUGUUUUUAAAGUAGUCAAAUAUAUGGUUAACGAUUUAGAGUUUAUUAAUGUGUGUUUGAUUUCUGGAGUUUUUUUAGUUUAUGUAAAAAAAAAAUAGUUAAAAACCGUUCA